GUAGAUUUCCAUGGGCUCUAGUAAGCACUUGAAAAAAUCAAUAAAAAAAUACAAAUAUGAAAAUGUUCACCAGCGCAGUGAAAUAUAUAUAAACAUGUAUAUUUGUAUGUAUGUAUGUCCAUGUAAUCGGGUAGACUCGAUCAGUUUACGGAAUUCAAACAACUGCAUAGAAAAUCAUGAAAGCUAACACGAUAUUACAAUACCUUGUUUUAUCAACCUGAAUGUAGACAUAGCCGGGUGUACUUUGGUUCUAGAUUCUUGAAUACUUAGUAUAUUAUAACUUAUCGCAGAAGAAGGUUUUUAAGUCUUGUGUCGAUUUUAUAAUGAGACAAAUGUGCUUAAUAAUAGUUAUUAUUGGAUUAAUAGCUAUACAGGCUUCUGGGAGACUACAUUUUAAACGAAAAAGUGUCGCAUAUGAAUAUCCGUAUUAUCAAAUAAUUCUAACUUUAGGAAGUUGCAAAGAUAAGAUAAUUUAUUCGGAAUCAAAGGUUUGGGGGCACACACGGUACAACAGAGUCCUUGAUAUAUAUUUCAAAAGUGAAGAUCCAUCCGUCUUGGUGUCGAAAGCAGAGAUAAUUCUCUUAAUAAACAACACAAACAUUAUGGCGAAUUCAGAGAAGGGAGUUGGAAACCAAGAGUUCGGUGCGACUGUGUUCCUUCCCGCUGACUCUGGUGCUAUACUAUUCUACCUGACGAUUUACGCUUGUAAUGGAAACACAUCUGAAAAAGAUAUUCCUGCCAAGUGCUCUGAAAAAUAAUUGAAGAAGAGAUCGACAAACAAACGCAAAUAGUGAUUAAAUACUUUUUAUUUUAUUUUAUUGAACUCCAAAUAAUGUGCAAUUAAAAUAAACAGUUAUUUUAUUUUUA